AAAAUCCUUGGCUAUUUACACGAACAAAUUAGAAACUCAUUAACUAAUUCGUUAUAAAUGGACACUGGUAAAUCAGUUCAGUUGAUCUGCUGCUUUGGCUCGUGCCCCUCAUGCCACACUUGGUUUUAAUCGCCCUGAACCCCACUACCCACGUUACGUUGGCACCCCUGCCCCCCCAGUUCUAAUAACGGUUUGUUGUUUUGGCGGCUUUUGAGGUUAGAAUGCCCCAAUAAUAUUCAAAUUUCGUGAAAAAAAUGUAUGUAGAAGACCUAAAAAAUGAAUUUUACGAGUUUCUGACAGGAAAGCGAAUUUUGCUUCUCGUUCAUUAUGACAUCGACAGCAUCUGUGCCCUAAAAAUCCUUCAGAGCAUCCUCAAACACAAGGAAGUGCGUUACACCUUGUGCGUGGUGCGCGGCGUCGAGGACCUGAAGCGCUCCCACCAAGAACACUGUGCCGAUGUAAAAUAUUUCGUGUUGAUUAAUUGUGGGGGCACUGUUAACUUAGUGGACGUGCUAGAGCCGGCAGACGAUGCGGUUUUCUUCGUGAUAGACGCGCACAGACCGACUCAUUUAGAUAAUAUAUUUAGUGAUGGACAAGUUCGGUUGUUGUGGGGGCCUAACGAAGACGCAGAGGUUCCUGAGUUUCAGGCAGUGUACAGAGAUGAUAGUGACGACGAGAGUGGAGGUGAGGACGAAGACGAGGAAAAUGAGGGUGAGGGGCGGGCUGCCAAGAAAAGGAGAUUAGAUGAAGAGGCAAUAAUGAGGCGACGAGAGCGAAGACUGUGGGAGCAGAGGAGGUUUGAUAUUAUUGCGGAGUACUCACAAUAUACGUACUAUGCAAAAGCAAGCGCAGUUGCCAUGUAUAAAUUAGCCUGGUUGUUAAAUAAAGACGACAAGGACCUCCUCUGGUUGGCAAUAGUGGCCUUAACCGAGCAAUUUCUCUUCAGCAAAAUAGAGAACACUCAGUAUGUGUUGGCGGCCGGGGAAUUACAAGCGCACACAACUCGUUUAAAAAAUCGCUCCAACGACGCCGACGUGGCAACUUCGCUGAAAAUCUCGUUCGAGAAAGACUUGAAAUUGGUGCUUUAUAGACACUGGUGUGUGGAAUCUAGUUUAAAAUAUUCGAUGUUUACGGCGUGUAAGAUGAAGUUGUGGUCGCAUAGGGGGAGCAAGAAGUUGUACGAGUUGUUGGCAGACAUGGGAUUACCGGUGGCCCAAAGUCAGCAGUCGUUCGAAUCUAUGGAUUUACAAUUAAGAAAGGAAUUUCACGAGAGUUUGGAGAAAUUGUCGGAAAAGUACAAUCUAGAGGACUUAAUUUUCACGUCUUUCGUUUUACAGUUUGGCUAUAGGAACAAAUAUUGUGCAUCGGAUAUUGUGUAUGCGAUGUUGGCAAUACUGGAGUCGUCGCCUCGAGACAAACCCGAAGAGUGCUUCAACUCGGCGCUUGACUGCUUAUCACGACGCCACAAAGAAACUCUACAAAAGGCAAUAGAGCGUGCCAAGACGAUUACAAAGACUUUAUUUAAGACGGUACAAGCGGCAAUAGACAUGAAGCAAAUUAUUACAGCGGGAAGUUUCGUUUAUUACAUAAUACAAGAAGGCAGCUUGGACUGGUAUAUGCUUUCAAACCAGCACAUUUUGCUGCUUUUGGCGCAAUUCAUUCUGAGGGCUUACGUGUCCAUGUCCAAGAAUAAAAAGGCCCCGGACUUACCUUUGAUCAUUUCGGCCCCCAAAAACCUGGAGCUGGGGACCUGCAUCGUGCUGGGGAUCCCCCCGUUGCGGCAGCUGUCGCCGAAAAAUAAUUUGGGUCGUGCAUUUGAAGAAGCCGCCGAAAACAUCAACUACGACGUCCUUUCGGACUACUUUGACACGUCUUAUUUCGAGAUCUUCACCAAAGACCGCACCCGCUUCUUCGACGCUUUGACAGCGUUGUUCGACAAGUAGUGUACAUAACCUAACAUAAUUUAUUUUUGUAUAUACCGAGUGACGAAUUAAACCCCAAAUCGCUAUA